AUGGCGUACGUCGUAGAUAUUCAGUGCUUCAAGAGACCAUACAACGAGUUUGUCAUCAAAGAGUUGGCGAUUCUACCACUUCAACAAGAUGCUCAUCCAUUGGUCUACCUCUUCGAGCCGCCAUAUGCCUGGAGUCGAUUGCCUGCAAGAUACAAAUGUGAGAAUCGAUGGCUUACAAAUAAUUAUCAUGGUAUCGAUUGGGCUGCUGGUGACGUAUGUUAUGAAGAAUUACAACCUAUAAUAAAAGAAGUACUAAUAGGUUCUUCUGGUUCAUCAAAAAUGCCAGAUGACAAACUCAAAACCUUACAAAAUGAUGCCAAUCAUUCUGAAAAAACGGGCGAUAAAGAAGAAAAGCAAGCAUCUGAAAUUGAAGCUCUAUUGAAGGAAGCACAGUUGCGUGCAGACAAUGUGAAACACGAAGAAGAUUUGGAGAAGAGAAUAAAAGAUGCCGAAGAAAGAAUAAGGAGAGCAAAAGAACGACAAGUUCAAGCAAAACUUGCUUAUCAAGACGUUGAUCGCAAUCUGAAACAUCUCCAAAGUCAAGUUCGAGAUACUGAAAAAACGGCCACGGAGUUAGAAAAAGAUCUAACAGCUUACAAUAAACCUCCUUUUAAUGAAUCAUACCAAUCUUCACGUUUUCCAAACCAGUCAACAUCUUCAUACGUACCUGAUAAAUACCAACCAGUUCAAAAUUCAAUUCUACCAACUCAAUUCCAACCACCUCUGUGCCAACCAUCUCACUAUCAGCCUUCUACAUACCAGUCUUUUCAGUAUCAUCCUCCUCAGUACCAGUCUUCUCAGUACGAUCCUCCUCAGUACCAGCCUCCUCAGUAUCAGCCUCCUCAGUACCAGCCUCCUCAGUACCAGCCUCCUCAGUACCAGCCUCCUCAGUACCAGCCUCCUCAGUACCAGCCUCCUCAGUACCAGCCUCCACAGAAUCAGCCUCCACAGCCUCAAUAUCUACCUCCUCAACCAUUCCAAUACCAGCCUUCUCCAAUUAAUAAGGAUGGACAAAAAGAUCAAAUUACUACACACGAUUUGUUACAAAAAGAGUUGAAAACCUUAAAGCCCAAGAUACAGGCGAUCAAGUUGCUGGGUUACGCUAACCCAUGUCAGUACGGAACGUUACAUUUUUAUAGUCAGUACCCUGAGGGUUAA